CGCCAUGAGGCUGCUCCGGGCGCUGCUGAGGAGCGUCUCCCCCGCCACCAUCCCUCAGCAGGUGGAUUUCUACUGCCGCUUCUCCCCGUCCCCCCUUUCCAUGAAGCAGUUCCUCGACUUCGGAGCCGACAAUGCUUGUGAGAAAACUUCAUUCAUGUUUCUAAGGCAAGAGCUGCCCGUCAGAUUGGCAAAUAUAAUGAAAGAAAUAAGUCUGCUUCCAGACAAUCUUCUCAAAACACCUUCAGUUCAGCUUGUUCAGAGUUGGUACGUCCAAAGUCUUCAGGAGAUCCUCGAUUUUAAAGAUAAAAGCGCAGAAGAUUCAGAAGCUGUUUCUCGUUUUACAGAUACUGUGAUCACGAUCCGGAAUCGUCACAACGAUGUCAUUCCUACCAUGGCUCAGGGCGUGAUAGAAUACAAGGAUCAUUAUGGAGUCGAUCCAGUGACCAGUCAGAACGUGCAGUAUUUCUUAGAUCGCUUUUUCAUGAGUCGCAUUUCAAUUAGAAUGCUUCUUAAUCAGCACACAUUGUUGUUUGGGGGGAAAGUGAAAGUUAACCCGGCUCAUCCGAAACACAUCGGCAGCAUCGACCCGAAGUGCAGUGUCGUCGAAGUUGUUAAAGAUGGCUAUGAAAAUGCAAAGAGCCUCUGUGACUUGUAUUACAUGAACUCUCCAGAGCUUGUACUUGAAGAGCGGAAUGUAAAAUCACCAGAGCAGCCCAUGCAGGUGGUGUAUGUACCGUCGCAUCUCUACUACAUGGUUUUUGAACUUUUCAAGAAUGCAAUGAGGGCUACCAUGGAACACCAUGCUGAUCGAGGGGUUUACCCUCCAAUUCACGUUCACGUCACGUUAGGCAAUGAGGAUUUAACUGUGAAGAUGUGCGAUCGCGGUGGUGGUGUUCCUUUGAGGAAAAUAGAUCGCCUGUUUAAUUAUAUGUAUUCAACGGCACCACGUCCCCGUGUUGAGACGUCGCGAGCGACACCUCUGGCUGGAUUCGGUUACGGCUUACCUAUCUCACGUCUUUACGCUCAGUACUUCCAAGGAGAUCUGAAGCUGUAUUCUUUAGAGGGCUAUGGUACAGAUGUGGUUAUCUUCAUCAAGGCUUUAUCAACAGAAUCUAUUGAAAGGCUGCCAGUGUAUAACAAAUCAGCUUGGAGACAUUACACAGCAAAUCAUGAAGCAGACGACUGGUGUGUCCCAAGCAGUGAACCAAAGGACAUGACUACAUUCCGCAGUACAUAGCAGCGUGGAACAGAUCAGAGCAAGCUGAAGAUAG